GCAGCGCCUUUCCCGGCGGGGCAUCCCCGGGGCGGCGGGGCCGGCAGUCCCCGGUGCCCAGCCGUGAGCGCAGCCCCGCUGCCCCGGCCCCGGGCGCGAUGCUCUUGUGCUGCAUGCCCGGCGUGGCUUUCGUGCCCGCCCUGCUCGUCUGCUGGUCCUCGGCCGCCUUCAUUAUCUCCUAUGUGAUCGCCGUGCUGGCGGGGCACGUCGAGCCCUUGGUGCCCUACAUCAGUGACACUGGAACUAAACCUCCUGAGAGCGGCGUCUUUGGUUUUAUGAUUAAUAUUUCAGCACUUCUAGCUUCAAUUACAAUGUACAUCAGAUAUUUAUUGAUAGAGAAGCAAAAUGAAUCAUCACACUUUGUUAAGUCUUCAUGCAAUAUGUUUACAUUAUGUGUGGGAUUGAUGGGCUGCACUGGAAUGGGCAUAGUUGCAACUUUUCAGGAGCUGGCUGUUCCCAGUGUCCAUGACAUAGGAGCUCUGGUGGCCUUUGGCUCGGGUGUUGUGUACAUCACACUUCAGUCUAUAAUCUCCUACAAGUCCUGCCCACGAUGGAACACUUACUUUGUGUGCCACAUAAGGAUGGCCAUUUCUGCCAUAUCAUGCAUUGCUUUCAUUCCCAUGAUUGUGUUUGCUUCAAAAAUUUCCAUGACAAAAAUUGAUUGGACUCCAGGUGAAAAGGAUUAUACUUACCAUUUUAUGAGUGCAAUCUGUGAAUGGACAGUGGCCUUUGGUUUCAUCUUCUUCUUUUUAACAUUCAUUAGAGAUUUUCAGAGAUUUUCUUUAAGGAUAUCAACAGAAAUACAUGAAGAAUCCUGAUAGUGAAAGAACAAUAUUUUAUAUCUAUGAAUAUUCUAGGUUUCUUUUUACUUAUAGAAAAAGUAGAAGAUGCACAAGGAUUGAUGAGGUUGUAUUAAGAGUCCAUGCCAUUAACUCUGCACCAGCAACCACUAAAAGAUUUUAAAAACUUGGAGCAAGGUUCCUCCUGACUUUUUGCAAUAUUUUGUAAUUUUUAUAUGGUUUGGUAUAUUAAAAAUACUGUAAUAAAAGCAAUAUCUAGAAGCACCAGAAAAUCACUCAAGGACUUGAUCUCCUCAGCUCUUCCAUUUAGGACAUAUCUGUACUUUUAAAUUUGCUUUAGUGUGAUCAGUGGCAUUAGUUUUAAACUUGAGAAAGGACAUUUUGCAAAGAGAGAAGUGUAAAGGAAAUGAAUUGGACUAUGACUGAAUUCCUACUCUGCUAAGUUGCAAGGGCUGGAGAAGAUGGUGAGAGCAAGAGUGGGCAUCUUUGUUUGAAGAAAUUUUAGUAGAUGGCAACACUAUGCUACAUAUUUCUGAUACUGGGCACUGCAAUGCAAAUGCAAAUCCUAAGAGAAAUUUAAACUAUAAUGCUUGAAAAAUGUUUUCUAAUCAUCACUGCAGUACAUGUUGUAAAAAUCCACCCCUUUUUCCCUUUUAUGCACUGAUGGCCACAGAAAACAAAAGAUGGAAGUGGGAAUAGAAAGUAAAUUUACAUUUAAGCAUGAUGUAAUAAACAGAACUCUUAUUGCAUUUUCAUUAAUAUAAAGCAGAAUUUUCCAGCCUGUGGUUUAAUCUACAAUGGAGUGAAGAGGGUGUCAAAAAAAGUAUUGGGAAUGAAAGGAAAAUAAGAAGAAGCAGUAGUUUUCAGGUACUUAGAAAUAAAUGUAUUAGUAUUAGAUACAUAAAAGUAAAUUUAAAAACAAACCUGGAGAGCAUCUGGAAUGAGGAUAUUUGCUGCUAUAGACUUUCUUCUGCAAUGAAAGACAUGGAAAGGAACUAGUUGAGAAGUCAGAUGUUACAAGUAUCUGCAGGCAAAAUGUUCCUUCAUGUACUGAUUCACCACCUCCAUUCAGUGCAAUAAUCACUUGGUUGUGAGUUACGCUCUCUGAAAAUGACAUUUUCCACACUCUAUCACAGUUUAUGCAGAAAUAUUGAUGAUUUUCAGUUGCUAAUAUCCACUAACUCAUGUGUGUUUGGAGAGUGAUGUUUUGAAAUUAGUCAUUUGUUAAUAUUUCUUUUAAUGUGUAUUUUAAACUAUUAAA